AUGUACCGUCAAGUUGAAGUCAUCAGUGACCUGAUAUCCACACCCAGAAGAGUCCUUGAAUCACUUUCUUGUGACAGUCUUCCACUAGCACGACAUCAAGAUCUGAUCCGGGAGGCUGCAUCAGUUGGCAAAACGUUUCAUGAAAUUUUCAUGAAAUUUGCCGAUGUGCAUUUUGCCAUAAACCAUGCACGAGUAAUCACGCAGGAUGACUUGCGUCGUGUUGAUUCAUGUAUCGUCGAUUUCAUGGCGACAUACAGAAUGAAGUUCCCCACGCACUCAAUCACGCCCAAGAUGCACCUGCUUGAAGCUCAUGCAGUUGAGCAACUUGAGAGAUUUGGUGUAGGCUUUGGCCUCCUGAACGAACAGGGUGGUGAACUUGUUCACACAGAGUUCAACAGAACAGGCAGGGCUGUCCACGGCAUGAAGGAUGACUUACAGCGUCUUCUAACCAUCAUGAGGCGACAUCACACAAGCACUGUGCCAGAAGUUCAGGCACAGUACAUUCCUGCAGUUAAAAGAAAAACAGAAGAAUAAAUGUACACAUUCUGUAACAAUAGUACUCAGGGUUAAAAUGA